GCUGAAAUGGAGAUAGGAAUGCAACUACACUUGAUAGCCCAGAUAACAGGAGGGCUGAGAAAGCUUGCUCAAAGGAUUCCAUUGUAUUGGAGCCAGCGGGGCCCAAGCAGAUUGCCAGGCAUCGUAGGGUCUGUUGUCCGUCAACAACGGUCUGACUGUGUUCCAGGUCCAUCACAAUGGCCGACCACGGUUCUCCAGAUUACUUCAGCUGCUCCCUGUGUCUGAACCUUCUCAGGGACCCUGUGGCGAUUCCCUGUGGACACAGUUUCUGCAUGGACUGCAUCAGUGGCUACUGGAACGAGGCUGAUUACACAGGGAUUUACAUUUGUCCCCAGUGCAAGAUCACAUUCACCCAGAGGCCUGUGCUUCGCCCCAAUGCCACUCUGAACAUGGUGGCUGAGAAGAUCAAAAAGAGCGGCCUGAACCUCAACCUCAACACGUCCCAGGGGAAUAUCUUCGCCGGACCAACUGAUGUCCCCUGUGACUUCUGUUCUGGGAAGAAAUUAAAGGCUGUUAAGUCCUGUCUGAACUGUCUGGCGUCCUAUUGUGAGAAGCACCUGAAGCCUCACUAUGAAUCAGCCACAUUCAAAAGGCACAAACUGGUGGACGAGCUGGGAAACCUGGACCGGAAGAUCUGCCCGCAGCACCAGAAGUCCCUGGAGCUGUUCUGUCGGACAGACCAGAUGUGUAUCUGUGCUAUCUGCACAGUCAGUGAACACAGGGGCCAUGACAUUGUCUCUGCUGAGGCAGAGAGAGGUGAGAAACAGAAACUGUUGGGAGUCUCCCAAGCUGAGAUUAGACAAAAAUGCCAGGAGAGGGUGAAGGAGUUGGAGGAACUGAAGACAUCAGUCGAUUCACUGAAGAAUUCAGCCCAGAGGGCCAUGGUGGAGAGCCAGAAGAUGUUUGAGGACAUGAUCCGCUCCAUUGACAGGAUGAGGUCUGAGGUGACCAAGUUGAUCGGUAUCAACGAGAAGGCUGCUUUCAACCAGGCCGAGGCUUUGGUUGAGCGUCUGGAACAGGAGAUCGAUGAGCUGAAGAAAAAGGAGACGGGGCUCAAGCAGCUGUACAGCACUGAGGACCACAUCCACUUUUUGCAGAACUUUAACUACCUUUGCACUCCCACUGAUGACGGCUUCAUUCCUAAAGUUACUGUAAACCCCGACUUUUCCUUUGGCGCUGUGAGGAAAGCUGUGGCUGAGAUUAAGGAUCGCCUGGAAGAGUUUGGCAGAGAGGAGCUGCUCAAGAUCUCCAAGUCAGUGAGUGAGGUUCCAGUCUACACCACAGAAAGUCGAACAUUGGACAGAAAGAGCAGAGGCAAAGAAAUGAUCAUGAACAACCUUCCUCCUUCAGAGCCAAGGAGCAGAGCAGAUUUUGUGAAAUACUUCUGCCAACUCAAACUGGACCCAAUCACCGCCUACAAGGAGCUGUUCAUCUCUGAAAGCAGCAGAAAGGUCAUCCGCACCCGGGACCUGCAGCCCUACGGAGAUAACGCAGAGCGGUUUGACAGCUUUGCUCAGGUGCUGUGCCGGGAGGCUCUCUCUGGAGGCCGCUUCUACUGGGAGAUUGAGUGGAAUGGAGAGUUCUCCAUUGGAGUGGCCUACAAGAGCAUCAGCAGAAAGGGCAAAGGCUCGCUGUGUCUCCUGGGCUACAAUGACAAAUCCUGGAGUCUCCUUUGUUCCGAUACAGGUUACUCCGCCUGGCACAACAGGGUAGACAAACCUGUCAGCGGCCCGCACUCCCCAAGAAUUGGCGUGUACCUGGAUCACACUGCAGGUGUCCUGGCAUUUUACAGCAUAGGCAACACCAUGACCCUGCUGUACAGGUUUGAGACCACAUUCGUUGAGCCCCUCUAUCCAGGCUUUGGAGUUGGAACCUCAGUCAAGAUCUGCAAUGUCAAGUGAUUGUCAAUAUUUGAGCUCUCAUUCGAAAUCUAAAAAUAUUGGCUACUUGUUUCUUACACUAAAUGGAAAUGCUUUUGGGAUUUAUAUUUUUGCUAUAUUGUAAAAUUGUACCAAACCACAUAACUUAACUUUUUUGCUUUUUUUUUUUAUAAGAAGGCUUUUUUAAUGGUGUAUAUAUAUAUAUUUGCCCUGCACAUCAUAUAUCACAUGUUGCAUUCUGCUGUCAAAUCAAACAAUAAUGUUAGUUUUCUAAAAACCUAAGUGAAAUGGAUAAUUACGUCAUUAUCACACCAGUUGAAACUGAAGAAAAGUAUUAAGCAUCUGACAUUACAGUCUGGAUAAUAUUAUAACAUGUCACAUGUAUGUAAUAAAUGUCAAUGUCUCCAGUUCCAAUUCUCACUGAAUUAAAUGUAUGACAUAUUGUAAUGAUGUACUUAUUGUUCAAAAUGACUGUACCCUUGUGAUAACCCAAGGUAUAUUUACUUAUGUCAUGAUGCUGUAGGCCACUAUUAUUGAAAAAUACAUGUUAAAUAUAUCAAACAAAUGUAUGAGUAUUUCAACAACGUUCAUAUUGGUGCAUUAAGGUAUUAUCAUGGUUUCAGUACAUUCAGAAUAUUUCAUUUUCAUUUCAUUUUGUCAUGUUUUGAUAUCUAGCAGUUUUAUUUUUCACCCUGAACUAACCUUUAUUUAAUGUUGUGUAUGUUUACCUAUAUAAUGGCCAACCAGAUCAUAACUAUUACCCUUAAAAAUCUUGUUUUGUAACAAAAUGAUUCAUUUAUGGUUCAAAAUAAAGAGCUACAUGAAUGAAUGGA